AUUUCGCAGUAAUUUGAUACUCAAUCGAAUUAUAAAAAGGCCAUUAUUAGGGUCAACUUAAUACGAUCUUAGCAUCAAUAUGACACGAAUUAAUUGUUGAUUUCACACCCAAAAAAAGACUAAUAAUUUCUUUUUCAUUUUUUUUAAUACAAAUUUGGUUUUUUUACUGAAGUUAUAUGUGUAUUUUUGAUCUAAUAAAUUUGCUACCGUCGGCCAGGUGUACAUACGUAGAUAGGCGGGCAAUCUGCAUAAAAACGUUAUCCUCCAUAGUGAACUUAAAUGACAAACAAAAAUAUUGCAUUCAAUAUGUGCAAUGUGUAUCUAUGAAUUCGAAGAUCGCCGUAACGAAUAAAACACAUUCCUGCGUAAAUAUUAGCACGCUCAUCGAUCCGUUGGGAUACCUGGUAUCAGUGAUCAUCGCUGCAAAAAGCCUGUUGAAGGAAGUUUGGAGUUUUCGUAUCGAGCGCAAAGAUGAGCCCCCCGCAUCAUUAGAUUGGGACGACCCCGUGCCAAAUCAACUCGCCGAGCGGUGGCGACAGAUCAUUCAAGAGCUCCCAGACAUUCAGAGAUACGAGGGUGGUCCGAUAACUCGAUAUACUGACCCAGCGAUGCUCCAACUUCUUUAACCCGUCUGAAAAAUACGUUUUCUCGUGGUCUGCAAAAUAGGCCUCUGUGGCGGCGAGGAUCUCCUCAUUCGACCCAAAUUUCUGUCCAGCGAGUGACUUUCAAGUUUGGAAACAAAAAGAAGGCACACGGUGCCGAAUCUGGAGAAUAUGGUGGAUGGGGUAGCAG